GGCCUCACUUCCUCCGUCGCAGUGGGCGGGUCUGAGAUCAGAUGACGUCACUGGCGGGAAGAGGCCGCUCUGCUCGGUGCUGGUGACGCGGAAUGUGAGGAGAGUAGCGGAGAGCGAUGUCUGGAAUGGACCAUAGGAAUCUGGCUAUGUUAGGAGUAGGAUCUGAUCCAGAAGGGCCUGUGAACCCCCCCUCUGCAGCCACCAGCUUGGACAACAAGGAGCAAAGCACGGAAAGCGGCCCCAGCCAAGACCCACAGCACUUUUCCAUCACCCAGACGGACUUCUCUGAGGGAAACGUACGUCUAAAGAUCGGACUGCAGGCCAAAAGGACUAAGAAGCCCCCGAAAAACCUGGAGAACUAUGUGUGUCGGCCUGCAAUAAGAACCAGCAUAAAGCAGACGCGGAAGAGCAGAAAGAUGACCGAGGAGGGCAGUGAAGAGGACUCUUCCAGAUUGUCGAAGAAGUCUGCAGACAACCCAAGCCAUGACGGCCUGAAGGUAGAAUGUUUACAUGCUCGCACCAAGGAGGAGAAGGUCCCCACAACAAAGAAUUCUUCACCUUUGCACUCAGAAGCGACUGAGCUCAACAAGGCAUCGCCACCUAGACUUGUCGGUAACAAAGACCCUGACUCAAAGGACAGGGUACCGGUGAAUGGCACAGCUGCCCGUGUUACUGAAAAACUCGCUCAGCUCAUUGCAACAUGCCCUCCUUCCAAGUCUUCCAAAAUCAGAGCCAAAAAGCAGGUAUCGUCAGCCCCAGUCAGCUUGCCCUUGGAAGAACGGGCAACGCCGAAUGAUGACUCUCCUGCGACAGGGCGUUUAUGCUCUCCUUCCAAAUCCAGGGGCUCCGAUGAAAGAAUGAACAGUCAAGCUUCGGAAAGGGUUGACGGACGGCAGGCCAAGGACAGCAUCUUAGAAAAGUUCUGUAUCAGGAAAGAGGGAUCCGCUGGCGAGAAAGAUAAAUUUAAUGACAGGACUUCUGUCCCAGUGGUAAAAAGUUCCCUCUCUGAGAAAGGUGUCCCCGAUACGGACAUGCAAGAAAAGCUUUGCCCUGUGUAUUGCACUUCAUUGGACCAUCGGAAGGGGGGUGCGUCUGAUGCAUCAGCAGCCGUGUCGCCUUUCAGUGCUGUCGGGGAAGGAAAUCUCCCUUCGCCAGCACCAGCGACGUCUCUGACAUCAUCCAGUAGGAGUUCAAAUGUGAAUUGUCCCCAAUCCCCCUCAAGUUCAUUGCACUUAAACCCUGACACGACGCGUGUGGAAUGUAUUGAUGAGCCAAGCGACAAAAGCAAGUUUACAUCCGACACUUUACCCGCUAACAGGGCUCGUAAAACCCCUCAAAGCUCUCUGGACUUCUUGCAGAAUGAAAAAACGAGUAAAGAGGUCAAAAGUGUCCCCAGUGAGAAUUUAAGGACUUAUAUUCCCGCUGUACCAGACAGAAAGCCCACACAGAGAGUGGAGCCAGGCAGCCACCGGUCAGACCCGUCUGUUGUCAGUUUUGCAAGUUUACUUAGGAAAAAACAGUUAGUGAAGGUUGGCAGCCUCUCGGAAAAGCCGCCUUACAGCAGCCAACAUGGCAGCACCAACUCACAGAUAAAACACUUUAAGAAAAGGAAGGGUAAGAAGCCUCGGUGGACUAAAGUGUCUAACAAAACCACUCAGCCCUCAAAAGUAUCACCUGAGCAUGAUGUGGUAAGACCAGUAUCGAUGGGGAACGAUAAGUCCCAGCGGGGCACACCGGAGAAAAUUGUGGGGAAAAUGUCACUUCUCGGUCAAGUUUCCAAGUCCUCAUUGUCCAAAGCAAGCAUUUCCAGUGAGGGAGCCGCCAAUGGAAUGCACAAGCCGACUCCUAAGCUGUAUAGUUCCCAUAGUAAUUAUAGAAUGGUUUGUAUGUCCGCAGACGGUUCCGAUGCUUACAAACCUAAGAGAGGAAAGCCCAAAAGUAAGGCUAUGCCACAUCUGGAAGGUCCCCCAAAAAGAGCACUUAAAAUCCCAGCUUUUAAAGUAGCCUCAUCACAAUCCAAAGAAGAUCAGGGGCCUCCUGUUCUCCAGCCAGAGGUCGAGAUGCCACCUCUGAAAACAAAUCUUCCCAGACCGGUGUUCCCGAGGAAGAGAGGCCGACCGAGAAGGGAUGCGGCUGCACCGAUGCGAACACCACCCGUCCUUUCUGUCGCGCCUUUCCUUGUGACCGAUAAUCACAAGCAAACCGAGUGCGAAAACGAGAAGCACCAAAACGAUGAGCAUUUCAACAGCAGGCUCCACCCAGACGACGCAGGCAGCAAUUGCUCAGAUCCGGAUAGGAAGUUUGUAAAGAAAAGUAACGGGCAGCUAGUGAAGAAUAUUAUUCGAAAGAUAAAUAAGAUGAAAACUAUUAAGCGGAAGAAGCUGCUGAGUCAGAUUCUUUCCGGUGCAGCCGAACAAAACUCCAGAGGGAAGGCUCAAACAAAGCUGCAAGGUACGGUUUCAACACUUGCCGCCACGUUUACUUCGAAAUUAGGUCAGCAGAUAAAUGUCAGCAAGAAAGGGACCAUCUACAUGGGCAAGAGAAGAGGCAGGAAACCGAAGUCAACGUCCGAAAGUGUCAUGACCAAAAAUUCAGUCAGCUCUCCAGCAUUAGAAAAAAGUGGUCAGCAAGAUGCUCACACUUUAGGUCAAGCUGUGGCACCCAUCAUAUCUCAGAACCUAUCUGGCUCUGAGGUUCUUCCUUCACCAGCUUGUUCCCUCUCGCCGGGAGCCAGCGGUGCCCAGAGUCCCAUGAGCAGCGACGCCAGUUUUGUAGAGCCAAACCCUGUGCCAUAUUCCCACACGCACUCCAGACAAGGUACCUUUCUACAGACACUUGCCAUGAGGAAAGCCUCCAAGGACUGUAGGCAACUGUCACCCCCAAAUCUGCUGCCAAACUCUCCCUCCCACUUAAAUGAAAUCCCUUCCUUAAAAGAAGCAACUUCUUCUCCCAUCAGCGAGUCUCACAGCGAUGAAACCAUCCCCAGCGACAGCGGCAUCGGGACAGACAACAAUAGCACGUCAGACCGGGCCGAGAAGUUUUGUGCGCAGAAGAAGAGACGACAUUCUUUCGAACACAUUUCUCUUUUAGCUCCUCAGACCUUGCCGGUUCUCAGCAGCCUCAAAGAGAAACACAAGCACAAAUGUAAGCACAGGAGUCACGAGUAUCUCAGUUACGACAAACUCAAAAGGCAAAAGCGGAAGCGUAAAAAGAAGUACCCGCAGCUGCGCGCUCGGCAGGAUCCGGACUUCCUGGCCGAGUUGGAGGAGCUGAUCACGCGCUUGAGCGAAAUCCACAUUUCUCAUAGGAGUCACCAUUUCAUCCCAAGAGAUCUGCUUCCUACUAUAUUUCGCCUCAACUUUAACAGCUUUUAUAGUCACCCGACAUUUCCUUUGGAUCCUUUGCACUACAUCCGGAAACCGGAUUUGAAAAAGAAGAGAGGGCGGCCGCCCAAGAUGCGGGAAUCUAUGUCGGAGGUGCCAUUUGUGCACAGUCUUGGUUUUCCCCUCUCUAGCACUGGCUUCUACCCUUCAUACAGCAUGCCUUACUCACCCUCCCCCAUUACUGCCGCCCCCAUUGGCUUAAGUUAUUAUGGACGAUACCCCCCUACUCUGUACCCUCCUCCACCCUCUCCUUCCUUCACCACCCCAAUGCACCCACCUUCGUACAUGCAUACUGGCCAUUUAUUGCUUAACCCUGCCAAAUUUCAUAAGAAAAAACACAAGCUCCUUCGACAAGAGGCAUUCUUGACCACCAGCCGCACCCCUCUCCUUCCUGUGGGCACAUACCCCAGCGUCCCACCAGACAUGGCUUAUGGCUGGAUGGUUGAGCACAAACACCGCCACCGCCACAAGCACCGCGAACACCGAUCAGACCAGCAACAGCUUUCAAUGGAUUCCUUGGCUGGGGUCGGAUCUUCAAGGUCAGUCCUGGAGUCUUUAAAACGUUACAGGUUUGGGAAAGACAAUAUUAGUGACAGGUACAAACACAAAGACAAACACAGGUGUCACUUACCUUGCAGUCACCUGACUCCUUCCAAGGGACUGCUGAGUAGAGAGGAGCAGUGGGUCCGGAGAGAGGCCCCCGAGUCGGGCUCGCUGACUUUGGGACUUCAGACUCCAUUGCAGAUUGACUGUUCAAACAGCUCACCGAGUCUCUCGCUCAGUGGCUUCACUUCCAGCUCUGAGCCAGCUAGCAGCGAUGAACACACCAACCUUUUUACAAGUGCAAUAGGCAACUGUCGAGGCAGCAUGUCUGCCAACGUCGGGUGCAAAACGCUAAGCGAUGGCCCAGCCUUUUUUACAGAUAGCAGAUCAGUGAGGAAGGAGGCUGCUCAGUCAUCAUCAGCUUCCCAGGAGCGUAGUCUGAGGACACCAGAUAGCUCCAGCUAUAGUCCCUCUAGAAGAAGGACGGCAUCUGAGAGCACUUCAUGUUCAGUCAUGGGGGUCCCAUUGCGAGGCCUGCGGCACAGUUCUACAGCGGAGGAGUCUGUGGAUUGUUUGCUGCAGCGCACAGUGGAUGACAACCUCACCUCCUCUACUCCUUCCACCAACAGCCCCGCCAGGGCGCACAGCAGGGAGAAAGGACAGAGCAGGUCGGACAAUAUGCUUGUUUCAACACCUGCCGUGGACUCUCCUAACGAUGGCCUCAGCUCAUCUUCUGGUCGUCUGCCAAGCCUAAAAAGAAGCGUGGUUGAGGCCAUACACAAACAGGCUCGGAGGAUGUACAACUAUGAUACAAUUCUGUCCUCUAAAAAGAACCUGGACCACGUUAAUAAAAUCCUAAAGGCCAAGAAACUGCAGAGACAGUCCCGCACAGGAAACAACAUUGUGAAGAGGAGGCCGGGGAGACCCAGGAAGUAUCCUCUAGACGCGGUUUUGGCCAUGCCGCUGGUCAGCCAUCAGGAGACUAUCAAUGACAGAUCAGACACGGUGACAGACGUCAUCGAGGCUGUAGUGCAGGGGGUGAAUCUGACCACUGAACACCGCAAGGGGUGGAAGAGGAAGCAUUUGGGCGUGGAAAAGCUAAGGAAGCGUUUGAGGACCUCACUGGAUGAAGACCAGGAGAGCAGCACAAGUCUGGCCGAGAUUGCUUUUGCAGAUGACUCUUCCAGCCGUGACCUCCCCCUGAGUCACGAAGAAAGAGUGGAUGCUUUUUCCCGUCACCUGGCACCACUCAUGCAGCGGGAGAAGAAGACUGCACGUCCUCCCAAAAAGAAAUACCAAAAGGCUGGACUUUUCUCUGACGUGUAUAAAACCACAGACCCGAAGAGUCGUCUGGUACAGCUGAAGAAGGAAAAAUUGGAAUAUAACCCAAAAGAGCAUGAGUAUGGUCUGCUGCCUGCACCCAUCCAUAUUGGGAAAUAUCUCCGACAUAAGAGGAGCGACUUCCAGCUACCAUAUGACAUCUUGUGGCAGUGGAAACACAACCAGUUGUAUAAGAAGCCGGAUGUCCCCCUGUACAAGAAGAUCCGAUCCAAUGUGUAUGUGGAUGUGAAGCCGCUGUCUGGAUACGAGGCCACCACCUGUAACUGCAGGAAGCCCAAUAAUCAUGAUGACUGGGGCUGCGCUGAGGACUGCCUGAACCGGAUGAUAUUUGCAGAGUGUUCCCCGAACACAUGUCCUUGUGGAGAGCAUUGCAGCAACCAGCGAAUCCAGAGACACGAGUGGGUCCAGUGCCUGGAGCGAUUCCGGGCUGAGGGGAAGGGAUGGGGAAUCCGCACGAAGGAGCCACUGAGGUCUUCGCAGUUCAUCAUCGAGUAUCUUGGGGAAGUGGUUAGCGAGCAAGAGUUCAGAAAUCGGAUGAUUGAACAGUACCACAACCACAAUGACCACUAUUGCCUUAGCUUGGACUCCGGCAUGGUGAUUGACAGCUACCGUAUGGGCAACGAGUCCAGAUUCAUCAACCAUAGCUGUGACCCGAACUGCGAGAUGCAGAAAUGGGCUGUGAAUGGAGUAUACCGCAUUGGGCUGUACGCUUUAAAGGACAUGCCAGCAGGUACCGAACUGACUUACGACUACAACUUCCAUGCGUUUAAUACUGAGAGGCAGCAAUUGUGUAAGUGUGGCUUUGACCGGUGUCGGGGGAUCAUCGGUGGGAAGAGUCAGAGAAUGAACGGGCAGACAAACAAAGCCGGCCACCAGAUUCCUUCUCACCGGAGACUUGGACGCUCCAAAGAAAAGAGAAAGUCCAAGCACCGGCUGAAGAGGAGGAGGGGUCACCACAGUGAUGAUCGCAGUGAAAGUGUCGGGGCAUCGAACAGACUCAGCUCCCAGCUCCACAUGAAACCUAUGUCCAACAGAGAGAGGAACUUUGUGUUGAAGCACAGAGUAUUCUUGAUACGAAACUGGGAAAAAACCCGCCGGCGACAUGAAGAGGUAAAAAAUGACCUGAAUGCAGCAUCGCUGUAUAACCGCUGGAACGGUGUGUGCAGGGAUGAUGGAAACAUCAAAGCUGAUGUCUUCAUGACCCAGUUUGCUGCUCUACAGACCUCUCGGUCAGUACGUACCCGCCGGCUGGCUGCCGCCGAGGAGAACAUUGAGGUAGCACGUGCUGCCCGUCUGGCACAGAUCUUCAAAGAGAUCUGUGAUGGAAUUGUCUGUUAUAAAGAUUCCUUGAACAGAAACCUGGCGGCCCCCCUGCUUAGUCUUCCACCCAAGAAAAAGAACCCAUACUACUACGAGAAGGUGGGGGAUCCACUGGAUUUGCUGACUAUUGAGAAGCAGAUUCUUAGCGGACAUUAUAAAACGGUUGAAGCUUUUGACACGGACAUGCUGAAGGUUUUCCGCAAUGCAGAGAAAUAUCACGGGAGGAAGUCGGCCAUUGGCCGUGACGUGUGCCGGAUGAGGAAAGCAUAUUACAGCGCACGCCAUGAGUCCUCUGCACAAAUUGAUGAAAUCAUGGGGGAGACAGCAAGCGAGGCGGACAGCAGCGAGACCUUGUCAUGUGAUAAAGAUGGUGGAAACGAGAAGGAGGAUGACAUCAUCCGCUGUAUCUGCGGCCUCUAUAAGGACGAGGGGCUGAUGAUUCAGUGCGAAAAGUGUAUGGUCUGGCAGCACUGUGACUGUAUGGGAGUGACGUCAGACGUGGAACAUUAUCUGUGUGAGCAGUGUGACCCGCGGCCGGUCGAUCAGGAAGUUCCCAUGAUCCCAUGUCCUCAUUACGCUCAGCCGGGUUUCAUCUAUUUCAUCUGCCUUCUGCGUGACGAUCUGCUUCUCCGACAAGGGGACUGUGUGUAUCUCAUGAGAGACAGCCGGCGGACACCAGACGGACAGCCGGUGCGGCAAUCUUAUCGGCUCUUGUCUCACAUUAAUCGCGACAAACUUGAUAUCUUCCGCAUAGAAAAGCUGUGGAAAAACGAGAAGGGUGAGCGAUUCGCCUUCGGCCACCAUUACUUCCGACCCCACGAGACACACCACGCGCCAUCACGCAGGUUUUACCACAACGAGCUUUUCCGCAUGCCGCUGUAUGAAAUCAUCCCACUGGAGGCAGUGGUGGGGACCUGCUGCGUGUUGGACCUGUAUACAUACUGCAAAGGCCGGCCAAAGGGAGCGAAGGAACAAGACGUUUUUAUCUGCGACUACAGGCUGGAUAAAUCGGCGCACUUAUUCUACAAAAUCCACCGGAAUCGCUACCCGGUCUGCACUAAGAGCUACGCCUUUGACCACUUCUCCAAGAAGCUGACGCCAAAAAGAGAUUUCUCUCCUCACUAUGUGCCAGAUAAUUACAAACGGAACGGAGGCAGGUCAUCAUGGAAGUCCGAACGCCCCAAACCCCCCAGCGCAGACCUCCCUCAGGAGGACCCAAUGCCCCUCAUGGAGGAUUUAAUGGUGAACCAUGAGCCAGCGGUACAGGAGGAGUCAGAGAUGGGCUCCACAGAGGGUGGAGAGAGCACCACGGUAGAGAAUAACAGCCCCCCGCAACGUCUCUGCUCCCCGGAGAGACAGCAAGUGAAAAGGGACAAACUGAACCAGAUCCUCCUCAGCCUGCUGGACAAACUACCCAGCAAGAAUGCCAUCGAUGUGACGUAUCUGCUGGAAGAGGGUCCCUGCAGGAAGCUGAGGAGACGCACACUUAAUCUGCCUGAAUGCAUCUUCAGAAAGUGACUGUAGGCUUGUCAUAUCUGGAAUGUAGAGGAAACCACAGGGCACUGACAUCACUAUGGACCCUCCCAGCAUUCCCCUUCCCACCAGCGGGAAGGGGGGCUUCCUCAUCUGCCGUGGCACUUACCCAUCUCCCCAUCACCCAGAUGGAGCAGAGACGUUUCCAGAGCCCUUUGUGCACUGUGUGCGUAUUGCAAGCGUUCUCGGCGGAGCCCUGCAGGCCCUUUCAUGGCGGCUUUCUGUGCUGUGUGGUCACUGAUUUCUGUCUGAUUGCUGGACGUUUCCGCUGUCCUUACAUGAUGUUCCGUGUUCUGUGCUGCCCCCCCUGUCCAGUCUCUUAUGCACUUUGCCCAGAAACAGCACUUUCCUCUCCGAAAAAAAUGGCUCCUCUGUUACAGCGAUGCCACCAGGUGGCCAUCCUGGAGCACAGAAAGGAAGGGGGAUCCCUCCUGAUUGGAUGGAGGCAUAUCUGUGCAGAAAACUGGAACCUCAGUGUCCAAUCAAUAUUGAGAUAUACACACCAUGGAGAAGCGAAGGGUGGAAGCUGGACUCGAUCUGAGAUUUCCUUAGAGGAACUUGUUCCCUCUAGGGGUAGAAUAGGUAAUAGAAGAAGAAGGCCACCAUGGCAGAAAUUUCAGACAAAACCGGCUACGGGACUUCUAUGGCAGCUCAACAGAAGGCCAACCAUCCCAUCAGAUCAGCCUAUAUUUAUUUCCCCAAUAACGGACAACCACAAAGAGGCACUUUACCUGAACAAUUCACCUAAUACAAAGAGCGAGAGAGAGAGUCCAAACGUUACGCUAUCCCCUCCCCUCUAGAUGGGCCUGCAGGGCCCCCAUAACCUCCCAGCGCCCAGGAACAAGGACGUCCUGGCCACGGAGGUUACAAAACUCAAGCAAAGCCUAAGGAUUUUGUUUUGUCCGUUUUAAUGUCCUUAUAAAAAAAAAAAUUAAUAAUAAUAAGAGAUUAUCUAAAACGCAGAAAAUGAAAUUCCUUUCAGUAGAAAAUUAAGAAUAUUAUUUUAUUUUAGAAAAAAAGAAAAAAAAAAAAGCAAGAGAAGUGUUUUGAAUAUUUUCUUACCGCUAAAGCCGGUGUGGAGUAUGUAAUACUUUUAUUCGGCUCACCCACUUCCACAUCGAAAAAAGAAAUAAAGGGAAAUAAAUUUAUUAUAAUCAAGUCAUUAUACGAGAAGACGACAAGGCUCCAACUGACAAUCACAGGAUUCCAAGCGAGCAGCGAUAUAAAUAUAUAUAUAUUAAUCUGUGUGUGUGCCUGUGUUUCUGAUAUUUUUGUUUUUCUUACCGGUGUAGAAAUGUAAUUUUUUGUUGUUUUAUAAUAAUAAUAAUAAUGGAAGCAGAAGGUUUCUCAAACAAUGGUUUCUAAAGUUUAGAAGCACUACAGAGUGGCGUGCCCGGCCCGAUCGGGUUCUGUAAUUUGCUGCUAAUUUCUUUCAUUUUUACAAAGGAGGAGAGACAUAACCUUAGUGGAUUGUUUUGAUGUUAAUCUCUGUAAAUCUCUGUAUUCCCGAUUCUAGCAAUGGAUGUACUCUGCAGUCUCAGCUCCUGAGAAUCUAGUAUUAAACAGAAAAAGUCCUGGUUUUCCUACUCGGCA